CCCGGCAUGAGGAGCGGGCGAUGAUCCCCGCCAACGCCUCCGCCAGGAAGGGGCCCGAGGGCAAGUACCCACUGCACUACCUCGUGUGGCACAACCGCCACCGGGAGCUGGAGAAGGAGGUCCGCGCCGGCCAGGUGGACAUUGAACAGCUGGAUCCCCGUGGCCGGACUCCUCUGCACCUGGCCACCACACUGGGGCACCUGGAAUGUGCCCGGGUGCUCUUGGCACAUGGCGCAGAUGUGGGCAGGGAGAAUCGCAGUGGUUGGACAGUGCUGCAGGAGGCUGUGAGCACCAGGGACCUUGAGCUGGUGCAGCUAGUGCUGCGGUAUCGGGACUACCAGCGGGUGGUGAAGCGGCUGGCGGGCAUCCCCAUGCUCUUGGAGAAGCUUCGAAAGGCCCAGGACUUCUAUGUGGAGAUGAAAUGGGAGUUCACAAGUUGGGUGCCUCUGGUAUCCAAGAUUUGCCCUAGUGACACCUACAAAGUGUGGAAGAGCGGGCAGAACCUGAGGGUAGACACCACGCUUCUGGGCUUUGACCAUAUGACCUGGCAGAGAGGGAACCGCAGCUUCGUCUUCCGGGGUCAAGACACAAGUGCUGUGGUCAUGGAGAUUGACCAUGACCGCCGUGUGGUAUACAUGGAGACUCUGGCGCUGGCCGGGCAGGAUCGGGAGCUACUGCUGGCUGCCUCCCAGCCCUCGGAGGAGCAGGUGCUGAGCAGGCUCACCGCACCUGUUGUCACCACACAGCUUGACACCAAGAACAUCUCCUUUGAGAGGAAUAAGACUGGCAUCCUGGGAUGGCGCAGCGAGAAGACAGAGAUGGUGAACGGGUACGAGGCCAAGGUAUACGGGGCCUCCAAUGUGGAGCUCAUCACCCGGACACGAACGGAGCAUCUGUCGGAACAACACAAAGGCAAGGUCAAAGGCUGUAAGACACCUCUGCAGUCUUUCCUGGGAAUUGCUGAGCAGCACGGGGGACCCCAAAAUGGGACCCUGAUCACUCAGACUCUGAGCCAAGCCAAUCCCCCUGCCAUCACUGCAGAGGAAUACUUCAACCCCAACUUUGAGCUUGGAAACCGGGACAUGGGCCGUCCCAUGGAACUGACCACCAAGACACAGAAGUUCAAGGCCAAGCUGUGGCUGUGUGAGGAGCAUCCCUUGUCCCUGUGUGAGCAGGUGGCUCCCAUCAUUGACCUCAUGGCUGUCAGCAAUGCACUUUUUGCCAAGCUCCGGGACUUCAUCACGUUGCGCCUGCCUCCUGGCUUCCCAGUCAAGAUUGAAAUCCCGAUUUUUCACAUCCUCAACGCCCGCAUCACCUUCGGGAACCUCAAUGGUUGCGAUGAGCCAGUGCCCUCCGUGCGAGGUAGCCCCAGCAGCGAGACGCCCUCCCCUGGCAGUGACUCUUCGAGCGUCAGCAGCUCCAGCUCUACCACCUCCUGCCGCGCCUGUGAGAUCUCCCCUGCACUGUUUGAGGCCCCACGUGGCUACAGCGUGCUGGGCGGCCAGCGAGAGCCUUCGACUCGUGAUGAGGACGAUGACCUGCUGCAGUUUGCCAUCCAGCAGAGCCUGCUUGAGGCGGGCAGUGAGUAUGACCAGGUCACUAUCUGGGAGGCGCUAACCAACAGCAAACCAGGCACCCACCCCAUGUCCUAUGAAGGCCGCCGACAGGACAGGGUGGGUGGCCGGUGCUCCAGGCAUGUGCAGACAUCAGGGACCUAGCUCCCUGGACCUUCAGACCCUCAACAACAGACAGGUUGGCGGGACCUGGGAUCUGCCACCACUGGGUGGGGCCAGGACAGCCCAGCGAGACUCAUGGCUUCCCCUAGAGGGUGGCAAGCCUGCCCAGCCCUGGGACCUCCACGAUGUCUCCUGCCCCGCUUACGAGCAGGUGUCCCAGGUGUGCCGGGAGCGGGGAGCGCUCGACAAAUCCUCCCCGCCCCCAGGAGCGCCCCACCCACGCCGCAGCGCCAGCCCAUGCCCCCGGCUCCGGUGCCCAGCCCUCGGCCCAGCCCAGGUCCCGGCUCCCGCAGCCACAUGUUCCGGAGCUACGACGAGCAGCUGCGGCUGGCUAUGGAGCUGUCAGCUCAGGAGCAGGAGGAGAGGCGGCGGCGAGCGCGCCAGGAGGAGGAAGAGUUGGAGCGGAUCCUGCGGCUCUCGUUGACCGAACAGUAGCGCCUCCUGCUGGGACCCUCGCCCACUCUACGCAGGACCGGGGUCUGCGCACCUGCCGAGCGGCUGCUGGAGUCUGGAGCCAUCGCAUUGGGGGUGUAGCAGCGCAUCAGGCUUGAGAUGCCAGGGGUUUGAUACAGGAGCGGAGUAACUUUCCAGGCCAGAGCCCUAGAGGCAUGGCUGGUCUCCCUGCUUUGUUGUACGGUGAUCCCUAAUCCGCUUCUCUGGGCUCAGAUCUGUCCAAGGGCGGAGGCAGGUGGUAUCGAAAAGGAAACGAAUCCUUGAGAGGAGCAUUGUCCCCGUCCCUUGCUCCUUAUGGCUGGUCCUCCUUCUUGCUCACUGACCCCUCUCCAGGACACUGUCCCUGAAGCCUUCGCAUCUUAGCUCUUCAUCCCUGGGAGGCAGCUGAUCGCCCAGCGUGCUGUGUCGCUGCUUUGUCCCAGACAAACCAGCACGUCAAGGGCCCAGCCCCUCCCCACCCCGGCAUUUCAGCGUCAAGUGCACUUAGCGGGGUGCCCAGCUCCCCCAGUUCCCACACCUGUCCUGUGUCUCAGGGUGGUCCUCGCUUCUCUUUAGGCAGCCAGGAAUUGGAAUCCCAUGCCCGCAGCACGUUUUUCUUGUGAUCAGGGAGUGUGUCUAAGGUGGCCCUAGUUUGGGCAAGGCCUGGUUCCCUCAUGGUGCCUUGGGGAAUGGGGGCAGCAUAUUGGCUUGGGGGCAAGCACUAGACUCGACACAAAAGCGUUGGUGAGGGCCCUGGCACCACUAUCACCGCCCACCCCUUCCUACCAGCUGCUGCUAGCCCUCUGUGGUUGUGCACCCUUCCUGCCCCCAUUCAGGGGUUGACUAACACCCUUUAUCCAAUGGUGCUAACCCCGGCUCUCCCUGUUCUACCCUACCCACCUAAAGAAGCACAGGCCCCACGGAGCAGGGCCCACACCCUUAUCCUGGGCUGCCUUCUGGCUGGCUUCUCUCUGCCAGGGGCUCAAAAGGGGCACAAACGUGGGUCAAGAAAAGAGCAACAACGCGAAAUUGUUCUUCCUCUUCCCUUCCCUGAUGCCAGGGGCACCAGACUGAUUCUGAGGCACAAAUAAAAGAGGUUUCAAACCA